GAAGAAGAAGCAUGCAAGUUAUGUAAUUAUGGGCAACCUAAAAAUGUUUUGCAGUUUUCUUGUUUUUCAACUUUAGAAGAGAAAACUUGAAAGAUUUCAUGCUUCUAAUUUUCUUUUUUGAGAUCAUUUCUUUUUCAUAAUUCUUUUUGCUCUCUCUCUCUCUCUCUCUCUCUCUUCUUCUUCUUCCUUUGGCUAUCUCCACUCUCUGACACACUGCUCUCCAUAUGGCGUAAACACUUGAUGCCUGAUAGUGCAAGCAAAGCAAAGCAAGCACACCCCACCUUUAAUCUCCUUCACUAAAACCUCACUGUUUUUUCUCUCUGUCUGUUUAAAACAAAAAAAAGAAAAAAAAGAAGAAAAAUCUGCUUUUCUUUGUCUCUCUCUUCUCUCUCCUUUUUGGCCUCUCAAACCCUACUAUAAGCUCCUUGUUUAGUGCUUGCUUCACUAGCCAAAACCACCUGCAAAACUCUCUAUUUUCUGUUCUUCGUUUCUCUACCCUCUCUUCUCCUUCACCACCCCAUUUGUUAUAUCCUUUUUCUUAAAAAGGAAAAAUCUAUAUUCUCCUUUCUUUCUUUCUUUAUCUUAUUCUUGGCAUGAAACUUAUAUCCACUCUUAAGAGCACUGUCAUGGAAGGUGUUUAAAGUAGUCAAGAUAUAUAUAGUAUAUAACAAAGAGAAGUUCAUCUUGAGAGGGAUUUCUUGAAUCUUGAUCUUGUUGCCUUCAUAGAUUAUUGAGUCUUUAGGUCAUCCUUUUGGCAUUUCUUGAACAGGAAAAAUUAAACAAAGGGUCUUUUUUUUUUUUUCUUUAAUGUUCUUAUUAGUUAUCCUCUUCCUCUCCAUCUAUCAUUUUCUUUUAGGAAGUUGUUGAGUAGUGUUUGACUCUCUCUUUCUCUCUCUCACUUUCAAGGAAAUGUGUGGAGAGAGAAAGCUGUUGAUUUGCUCAUAUUGUUCUGCUCUCAUUGCCAGCUUCUGUCUACAGCAUCACUGAAAAUUUCCUUCCUCCUUUCUAUUUUUCUUUUUCCUUCUAAGUUGACCUUUGAAUUCGGAAACAAAAGAAUAUGAGAUGGAUAUCCUAUGCCUAAGGUAGUUGAUCAUUUACACUUUUCUUUGAUUUGAGCUUUUGAUCAAAAGAAUUUAGCCAUUGUGCCAUCAAUUACCUUAAACGUAGAUCAAACCUCCUUCAUAAUUGCAUUUCCUCAGGGUGGGUCAUUGCUUCUUUUCUUUUCUUUUCUCCUUUCAAAUAUCUUCUUAUUUAAAAGGGUUUUGCAAGAAAGAAUAGUGUUUUAAAGUAUCAUUUAUCAAGAAUUAUAAAUAGUUUAUAAUUCUCCAACUGUGUUGCUGCUUCUAAAAGAGUAGACAUUUGACCAUAGAAAAAAAAUAAUAUUUUGUUAGGAUUUUUUUUUUCAUAAGAAACAAGACACUUUUAAUCUAAUCAUUUAAGCUAGCUUCCUUAACUCUCUCUCUUGUCUUCUUCUUUCUUUUGGUCUCCAAACAAAGAAGCAAGAUACAAAGCAAAUAAUAGCCUAAAAGAAGUGAAAGAGAGAGAGAUAGAAGAAGGAAAUGGAACUUUCAAGUCAUGAAGUGGAAAUCCCCAUUCCAUUAAACAGUACAUAUGGUGGGGGGCAUGGUCAUGCUCAUGGUGGUCAUGGACAUGGUCACAUGAUCCAUCAUGAUCAUCAUAAUUCUACACCCCACAACCACAUAAUCCCUUCUUCAGCUCCCCAAUUGACUUCCAAUAAUGGCCCAUCAUCUCUACCGAACACAGGCCUUGAUGACCAUCAUCAUGUUACUAGUACUACUUCUACUUUCAAGAAAAUGGUGAAAUACAAAGAAUGUCUCAAGAAUCAUGCAGCUGCAAUGGGAGGCAAUGCUACUGAUGGUUGUGGUGAAUUCAUGCCUAGUGGUGAAGAAGGUAGCAUUGAAGCAUUAACUUGCUCAGCUUGCAAUUGCCAUAGAAAUUUCCACAGGAAAGAAAUAGAUGGCGAAACAAAUCCCUGCGAUUAUUACCCACCACAUUUCAACAGGGUUGGAAGGAAAGUCAUAUUAGGCCAUCAUAAGAACAUUUUAGCCCCUGAAGCUUUAGGGUACCCUACAGGAACAGGAACACUUGUGCCCUCAAGAGCAACAGUAGCACCCCACCAUCAGAUGAUAAUGUCUUACAACAUGGGUGGCUCUUUACCGUCAGAAUCUGAUGAACAAGAAGAUGGUGGUGGGGUAGUGAUGGCUAGACCUCAACAACUAGUGAAGAAAAGAUACAGGACAAAGUUUUCACAGGAACAGAAGGAGAAAAUGCUCAACUUUGCAGAGAAAGUGGGAUGGAAGAUACAAAAGCAAGAAGAAGCUGUAGUGCAACAGUUCUGUCAAGAGAUUGGUGUCAAGAGAAGAGUACUUAAGGUUUGGAUGCACAACAACAAGCAUAAUCUAGCUAAGAAGAGUCCUCUUAUCACUGCUACUACUACACCAACUAUCACUACUACUCCUCCUACUACUACUUAAUUAAGAAGAUUAUUAACUCUAAAACUUCAUUAUCUCCUUUUUUCUCUUUUAGUUUGUGGUACAAUUAGCCCUACUUAUUACUAUUAGCUAAAAAGUUUUUUUUUCCCUUUUUUUACUUUUCUUUACAAUCUUUUUUAUAUGAUCCUUCUUUUUGGGCACUCUUCUUUAAUUAUUACUCUUGACUUGAUAUUUUGAAAUAAUAUUUGGUGGUGUAAUGUAGUUUAGGAAAACUGGGUUUGGUAGAGUUUCAUCAGAUUUGAGUGAUUAUCAUGUUCUUCUCCAGUCCAUUUUGGUAUAGAAAUGGCUGGGAUUGCAACACUAAUAGUCUUCGUGUUUCCAGUAUUAAUCAGUCCAUUGAAUAGCUUUUUACUAUUAUUUAAUUCCCCUUUAUCUACUCUUUAGAUAAUUAUAUAUAUUGAGAUGUUUCAGCAAUUUAAUCAUAUGUAUUAAACUGGGUAUGCCUAUUUAACAUCCUAAAUGCAUAUCAUACACCUACUUUCUUAAUUAG